ACAAAACUUGACGGGUUUCGAGUUUCACAGGUAAAAGCAGCUCAGUACGAGACAUUAAGGCCAAUUUAGUGUGCGUGGGAGAUCAUCACCUUCAGUGCGUUUCACUGAAUAGACUCAUCCUUCUCUGCUAAACUUGCACUUUACUUUCAAAACACACUUCAGCACGUUGCACUGCGGUUGCGUGUUUGGACAGAGAUGAAUUUAGAGGUGGAUUACGGAGGCUCCGUGAGCAGCGGGAACGGGAAACUGCGCCAGUGGCUCAUCGAGCAGGUGGACAGCAGUAACUAUCCCGGUCUGGUGUGGGAGAACGACGAGAAGAGCAUCUUCAGGAUACCGUGGAAACACGCCGGGAAACAGGACUACAACCGUGAUGAGGAUGCCGCGCUUUUCAAGGCCUGGGCGCUGUUUAAAGGCAAGUUUCGGGAGGGGAUCGACAAGGCGGACCCGCCGACCUGGAAGACUCGCCUCCGCUGCGCCCUCAACAAGAGCAAUGACUUCGAGGAGCUGGUGGAGAGGAGCCAGUUGGACAUCUCAGACCCGUACAAAGUGUACCGCGUCAUUCCCGAGGGCGCCAAGAAAAGACUCCGGCAGGAGGACAGUCCUCUGAGUCCAAUGAGCUAUCAGGUGCACUCCCCCUAUCCUGCCCUGCAGACUCAGAUGCCACAGUACGUGCCCACACCAGAGGUUGGCUGGAGAGAUUACUGUCAGGAGCCGGCCUCCCUGCCUGAGCUGCCCUUCACUCAGUGUCCCUGUCCCCCCCGCAGCCUGCCAUGGCAGGGCCCGUCCAUGGAAAAUGGAUACCAGCUCAGAGCCUCGAUCUACUCGUACGGCCCUGCUGACAGCCAGCCCUCGCCGUUCACACUGGACGCCAGCAUCAGAUCAGCGGAGGCGCUCUCAGACUUCCGCCUGCAUGUGUCGGUAUACUUCCGGGACACUCUGGUGAAGGAGGUGACCACCUCCAGUCCGGAGGGGUGCCACAUCACUCCCUUCUCCCCAGAGGAGAAGCACUACCUGCCGCCCGGAGGUCCCGAGGUCAUCCCCCUGCAUUUGGACAGUCUCUCAGCCCAGAGGAGGUCGGAGGAGUGUCCCCCAAGUCCCCCGUCCGCCCUGGAGAGGGGAGUGUUACUGUGGAUGGGCCCAGACGGACUCUACGCUCGGAAGCUUUGUCAGGGCAGAGUGUACUGGCAGGGAGGACUGUCUCCAUACGGAGACAAGCUCAACAAACUGGAGAGAGAGGUCACCUUUAAACUCCUCCACACGCAGGACUACCUGACAGAGAUCCAGAGUUGCGGACUCCACGGUCGGCCGCUGCCUCGUUUCCAGGUCCUGCUGAGUUUUGGAGACGAGUUUCUGGACGCACAGAGACAAAGACAGAGCCUCACAGUGCAGGUGGAGCCGCUGUUUGCCAGGCAGCUCCAGUACUACGCCCAGCAGAUGGGGGGCCACUACUAUCGCAGCUACGAGCACCCCGGAGUCACAGACCACAUAAACACCCCUGAGGACUACCAGAGGACCUUCACACACCACCACAGCAGCAGCCUGCAGGAGUGAUCUCAGUGGGUUCAAGUGACUGUUGAAAGCUUCACGAUGCAGCGGUGACCUUUGACACCGGAGACAAGGACACUCUGAGACAAGAGGACAAACUUGGACAGUGUUGUACAUAACGAUUAUGGACAUUUAAUGACAGUGUUCGCCCUGCAGGGUUCUGUGUGUGUGUGUGUGUGUGUGUGUUCGUCAGUGUUAUUUUCUUUUUCUCUCCUUACUGUAUUUCUAUGACACCGUGAAUAUUUUCCAUACUAUGCAAAGAAAACUGACAGCUUAAGUGAUUGUACUGUUGAAAACUGUGGGGAAUUUAAGUGCCUUAAGGUGAUAGUUAGACAUUUUGGGAAAAUACGCUUAUUGACUUUCUUGCCGAGUUAGAGAAGAUUAACAUUACUCCCGAGUCCGUGCACAUGAAGCUGCAGCCAGCAGGCGGUUAGCUUAGAUUAUCUUAGUUUAGCAAUAAAAACUCACAAUUUACCAUUGUUAUAUUUUUUGUUAAACUGAAGUGUAAAAAGCUAGAAUUCACCAUUAUGGAGGUUAUGAGCCAAAGUAUUGUCAUCGUUACCUUUGUAAUCCAUACAAACAAAAGAUAUACCGUGUCAUAUGGGGGCGUUAAAGGUACUGGGAGGCAGAUAGUUUACCUCUGGAAUGAGCCCACCUGGAAUGUUUGUAGUUUCUAUGCUAAGCUAAGCUAAUCGUCUUCUGGCAGUAGCUUCAUAUUUGCUAUGAAGAUGCGAGAGGGGUAUGGAUUUACUUGUUUAAUGCUUCCUCUUAUUCAUUUUGUAUUGCUAGUUGACACUAUCACCACUCUUUUGUAAAUUAUGAAGUAUUUUUUAAUUACAUUUUGUAUCAAAUAUUUCAGUUACAUUAUAUAUAUUUUUAAUUUAAGUGGCAUACAUUUAAUCUAAGAAAGAGUUGAAGUAAAUAUUUUGAGCUUUUUUUUUUUGCCUUGAAGGACCACAUUUCUGUUUUUAUAAACAAUAAAUGGCAAUAAAGUGCAAAGAGUGAA